UCGGUUUGAACCAACAAUGACCGUACGAUUUAAAUCAAACGGCGCACAUCACGCGUGUCUACUUAUGUCUCAUCGAAUCUGUGCGACACGCACUCACUCUCUCUCCUCUCUCUCUUUCUCCCUCCUCUCUCCUCUCUGCAACUCCCGGUGGUGGAGAAACCCUAACCACCGUCAAUACGCGGUCGUUUCGUUCCCGAACCACACUAGUCACGCGCGUUUCCACCACCACUCGGAACAGAAUCCGUUUCCCCGUAUUCGAGUUUCUGGGAUUCUUCUUCAACCCCCAAAAUUGGGAGAUUUGUGAAUCAAUUUAUCGUCGGCUCCUAAUAAUUUAUAGCCGUUCCUGGUUAAAGCAUUCAUUCCAUGGUCAGUCCAUUUACCCAUGAAAUAGGCACACAUUAAGAUAGUGGUAUAAAUUGUUUGAAUGGAUGUUCAAGUGAUAAACGUGGAAGGAGGUGGUCAUCAAACCAAGGCAGAUGAUGGGGAUGCAGAACCAAGUGAUGGUGAAGUUAAUAAUGCUGAAAACUAUGGAUCUCAGGCUGAGGAUGGGAUUUCUGAGCCAUACUUGGGUAUGGAAUUUGACUCUGUAGAUGUUGCUAAGACUUUAUAUAAUGAGUAUGCCAGACAUAUGGGUUUUAGCUCUAAAGUUGGCCCAUAUGGUCGCUCUAAAGCUGAUGGGGACAGUAUGUAUCGGGAGUUUGUGUGUGGAAGGGAAGGUUUGAAAAAAAGGCCAAAUGAAAGUUGCAAUGCAAUGAUUAGGAUCGAGUUAAAAAGUCCAAAUAAAUGGGUCGUAACAAAAUUUGUGAAGGAGCAUAGUCAUUCCAUGGUGAGUUCCAGUAAGGCGCACAAUAAUCGCCCAAGUAAGCAUUUUUCUAGUGUCGGAAGGACAAUGCCUGAAACUUAUCAAGGAGUGGGUCUUGUUCCCAGUGGUGUCAUGUAUGUAUCCAUGGAUGGGAAUCGUGUUUCAAAUCAGAAUAGUCAUGGGAUGAGGAAUAUUCAUGCUGCUGCUUCUGAACGCAGUCACCCAGUUAAAAAUUCCACAUCGAUGAAUUAUGCUGUUAGGCCUUAUUUUCAAAACAGGACAUUGGGGAAGGAUGCUCAUAAUCUGCUGGAGUAUUUUAAGAAGAUGCAAGCUGAGAACCCUGGUUUCUUCUAUGCUAUACAACUUGAUGAAGACAAUCGUAUGUCUAAUGUCUUUUGGGCAGAUGCAAGAUCAAGGACUGCAUACAGUUAUUAUGGUGACACAGUUCAUCUGGACACAGCAUACAAAGUAAACCAAUAUAGAGUCCCAUUUGCUCCUUUUACCGGGGUAAACCAUCAUGGUCAAAUGGUUUUGUUUGGUUGUGCACUCCUUUUGGAUGAUUCUGAGGCAUCUUUUUUAUGGCUCUUGAAGACAUUUCUGACAGCAAUGAAUGAUCGUCAACCUGUCUCUAUAACUACUGAUCAAGACAGAGCCAUGCAGACAGCAGUUUCUCAAGUUUUCCCACAAGCUCGCCACUGUAUUAGCAAGUGGCAUAUCUUGAGAGAAGGCCAAGAGAAGUUGGCCCAUGUAUGUCUUGCGCAUCCAAAUUUUCAAGUUGAACUUUAUAAUUGUAUUAACUUGACAGAAACCAUUGAGGAGUUUGAAUCAUCUUGGAAUAUUAUCCUUGAUAAAUAUGAACUUAGAAGAAACGAUUGGCUUCAGUCAUUGUAUAAUGCUCGUGCUCAAUGGGUUCCCGCAUACUUCCGUGAUUCAUUUUUUGCAGCAAUAUCUCCUACUCAAGGAUUUGAUGGUUCUUUUUUUGAUGGUUAUGUCAACCAACAAACAACAUUGCCAUUGUUCUUCAGGCAGUAUGAAAGAGCUUUAGAGAGCUGGAUUGAAAAUGAAAUGGAAGCAGAUUUUGAGACAGUUAGCACAACAGCAGUUUUGAAGACGCCUUCACCAAUGGAGAAACAGGCUGCUGAUCUUUAUACGAGAAAAAUAUUUGCAAAGUUUCAAGAAGAGCUUGUUGAAACUUUUGUUUAUACUGCAAAUAGAAUUGAAGGAGAUGGGCCAAAUAGCACAUUCAGAGUUGCUAAAUUUGAGGAUGACCAAAAGGCAUAUAUGGUCACAUUAAACCAUUCUGAGUUGAAAGCUAACUGUAGUUGCCAAAUGUUUGAGUAUUCAGGCAUUCUUUGCAGGCAUGUUUUAACUGUUUUCACCGUGACAAAUGUACUUACCUUACCACCCCAUUACAUCUUAAAACGAUGGACAAGGAAUGCAAAAAGCAGUGCAGGAUCAGAUGAACAUACCAGUGAAUCACAUGCACAGGAGUCUUUGACAGCAAGGUACAGCAAUCUAUGUAAGGAAGCUAUCAGAUAUGCUGAGGAAGGAGCUGUAACUGUGGAAACUUAUAAUGCUGCAAUAAGUGGUCUUAGAGAAGGUGGAAAGAAGGUUGCUACUGUGAAAAGAAGUGUUGCUAAAGUGACACUUCCUAAUAGUCAGGUCAGUAGUUCUGCUUAUGAUGACAGGAAAAUUCCUACUCCGACUUUGGAUACAACAACUCCUCUUUUAUGGCCGCGACAAGAUGAAAUAACAAGGCGGUUUAAUCUUAAUGAUGCUGGUGGUCCUGUUCAAUCAGUUGCUGAUCUAAACUUGCCUCGGAUGGCCCCAGUCUCUCUUCAUCGUGAUGAUGGUCAAUCUGAAAACAUGGUAGUUCUUCCAUGCCUAAAAUCAAUGACAUGGGUAAUGGAGAACAAGAACACAACUCCUGGGAAUAAAGUAGCCGUUAUCAAUCUGAAGUUGCAAGAUUAUACCAAGGCUCCAUCCACAGAAUCUGAGGUUAAGUUUCAUCUCUCCAGAGUUACUUUGGAACCAAUGUUGAAGUCUAUGGCUUACAUCAGCGAACAGCUGUCAACGCCAGCAAAUAAGGUUGCUGUAAUAAAUCUCAAGCUUCAAGAUACUGAGACAACCUCUGGUGAGUCAGAAGUAAAGUUUCAGGUGUCCAGGGAUACAUUGGGUGCUAUGCUAAGAUCAAUGGCUUAUAUCCGUGAGCAGCUUUCUCAUGCUGACGAUGCACAGGUAGAACCUGUAUCGAAAAAGCAUAGGAAGUAAAGCAUCAAAUUUUCAUUUCAUAUCUUGAUGGAAGCGUGAUGACUGCUCAACAAAUGAAAAGGCUUAGAAAUUAUAGUGUAUCUGAUGUAUCUUUUAGUGUGUAGCUUUUUCCAAAUUUGUUUUAACUUGGUUUUUUCCAAGUCUGUAUUAACUUAUUGAUGUACAUGUAUCAUAUCGUAGGUAGCAGCUUUUUUUCGUGCAAAGCA